UUUUGAUCUCCAGCAGCACCAUGCCUGAACCAGCGAAGUCCGCGCCGAAGAAAGGCUCCAAGAAGGCCGUCACUAAGACCGUCGCUAAAGGCGGAAAGAAGCGCAGAAAGUCCAGGAAAGAGAGCUACGCCAUCUACGUGUACAAAGUGCUGAAGCAGGUUCAUCCUGACACCGGGAUCUCUUCGAAGGCGAUGGGCAUCAUGAACUCUUUCGUCAACGACAUCUUCGAGCGCAUCGCCGGUGAAGCGUCUCGUCUCGCUCACUACAACAAGCGCUCCACCAUCACUUCCCGAGAGAUCCAGACCGCCGUGCGUCUGCUGCUGCCCGGGGAGCUGGCCAAACACGCCGUGUCUGAGGGCACCAAGGCCGUCACCAAGUACACCAGCUCCAAGUAGAGCUC